AUGGAUGCCUGUGACUUUUCUGGUGUAUACACAUAAAUUAGUUUUAAAAUUAGUGAAGUUGGUGUUUCUGUGUUAUACAGUUAAUACCAAAGGAAGAGGUGUUGUGGCUUGCAGAAGAUGUUAACAGUGAUUUCAGUUGAAGUGUAUUUAGUCUGAAAUGUGACAAAGUUAUGAAUUAGAGGCGUGUCUUGCAAUUUUAAAAAAGAAAAAGGACACCUCUUUUGUAUAACAGUAAAAUAUGUGUUGAAAAUAUGCUAAAAACUCUUGAAUACUUUGAACUGAGCAGAAUAUGACUAUAUAAAACUCCUAUCUGCAGUCUGCUCAGGUUGUGAAAGAUAAAUGUAUGAUACAUUGAGUAUCAGACUUUGCCGCAAGGCUUCAUUCCCACGUAGAAGUACGCAUGCUCAUUUCUUGUGAGACUGCAUGAGGUAUGAGUGUUCCAGUUUCCCUUUUAAGUUGCUCCCAUAGUCCCAGCAGCAGUUUAGAAUGGAAAAGUUUGGUCUCUUAAAAGAACAGUUCUUGAGUGAAUUCUUAAAGUACAACUAAUAUAUUUCCUAUAUUUUUUUGAAGAGAAGCUCUGUUGUCCAGAAUGGAUAUACUCUAUUGAAAAGAAAAAAAAGAAAGAAAGAAAGUUAUCUGCAUCCUAGUUUCCUGGAACCUGGCAAGCUGUCAGAGCUAGAAUUAGCUUUUACAGAUGGCAUUUGGCAACGUAUCUACAUAUCUCUAAGCUCUCAGCCUCUUGCGUUUUCUUCCACCUGUCUAUCAGUUACAAUGUCCAAUCACUGUUCAGAGAUGGAGAAAUGGGAUGAUCACAGCUCGCACGAUGCUGUUUGGUUAGAAACGUCAGUGCUGCACAACCCACGGCUGAGUCAGUGUCUGUGAGAAAAUGAACUGAAUUAAUAUAUAGAGGGGGUUGAAUCUCUGAACAUUUAAAGCCUAAAUAUCAGCAACAGCAUUAUUACCCAGUAGAGAGAGGAAAGCUAAAGGAAGUCUGUGGACAGGUGAGGUAGGGGGAGACUGGGAAAUUUUCUGAUUGUUCAGAGGCAUCUUGAAGAUAAUGGAAAUAUCAGAUGUGCUAAAGUUUCCUAGUAAUGCCCAAGGAUGCUGACCUGGCUUUCAGUGCUGCAUUGUUUGAAAGAGCAGAGUCCCUGUAUACUCUGAUUUCAAAAUUUUUUUCUUGUUUUUGUGUGUCUACCUUGGCAUAUGCUAAAGGAAGUACUCCCUCACGUGUUGCUAAAGGAGUUGACCACACCAAAAUGAGUCUACAUGGUGCUAGCGGGGGACAUGAAAGAUCAAGAGACAGACGAAGGUCAAGUGACAGAUCACGAGAUUCAUCUCAUGAAAGAACAGAGUCUCAACUCACUCCUUGUAUUAGAAAUGUUACUUCUCCAACAAGACAGCACCAUGUUGAGCGAGAAAAAGAUCAUAGUUCCUCUCGUCCAAGCAGUCCUCGUCCUCAAAAAGCUUCCCCAAAUGGUUCCAUGAGCAGUGCUGGGAACAGCAGCAGAAACAGUAGCCAAUCCAGUUCAGAUGGUAGCUGUAAGACAUCUGGGGAGAUGGUAUUUGUAUAUGAAAAUGUGAAAGAAGGAGCUCGAAAUAUAAGAACAUCAGAGCGAGUGACACUAAUAGUGGAUAACACUAGAUUUGUUGUAGACCCGUCCAUUUUUACUGCACAGCCAAAUACAAUGUUGGGCAGGAUGUUUGGAUCUGGCCGAGAACAUAACUUUACACGUCCCAAUGAAAAGGGAGAAUAUGAGGUGGCAGAAGGAAUUGGUUCCACUGUGUUUCGUGCUAUCCUGGAUUACUAUAAAACAGGAAUAAUCCGUUGUCCUGAUGGCAUAUCUAUUCCUGAGUUGAGAGAAGCAUGCGAUUAUCUUUGUAUUUCUUUUGAAUAUAGUACUAUUAAAUGUAGAGAUCUCAGUGCCCUAAUGCAUGAGUUAUCAAAUGAUGGUGCUCGUAGACAAUUUGAAUUUUAUCUGGAGGAAAUGAUCCUCCCUCUCAUGGUAGCUAGUGCCCAGAGUGGGGAACGAGAAUGUCAUAUUGUGGUGCUUACUGACGAUGAUGUAGUUGAUUGGGAUGAGGAGUAUCCACCACAGAUGGGAGAAGAAUAUUCACAAAUUAUUUAUAGUACAAAAUUAUAUAGAUUUUUCAAGUACAUUGAAAACAGAGAUGUAGCCAAGUCAGUUUUGAAGGAGAGAGGUCUUAAGAAGAUUAGAUUGGGAAUAGAAGGUUAUCCUACCUACAAAGAAAAAGUAAAGAAAAGGCCUGGGGGCCGGCCAGAAGUCAUUUACAACUAUGUCCAAAGACCCUUUAUUCGAAUGUCCUGGGAGAAGGAAGAAGGAAAGAGUCGGCAUGUAGACUUUCAGUGUGUGAAGAGUAAAUCUAUUACCAACCUGGCAGCGGCUGCCGCAGACAUUCCCCAGGACCAGCUGGUAGUCAUGCACCCCACUCCACAAGUGGAUGAGCUGGACAUCCUCCCCAUCCACCCCCCUUCUGGCAACAAUGACCUCGAUCCUGAUGCACAGAAUCCAAUGCUGUGAUGCUGAUGUUCCUUGAAACCAUAGCAUGCUACUCUUCACAGUGACAUUGUAUUCUACUCAUUCUGCACUGCAAGGCCACUCUUCUUCAUUGUGAGAUGCACAUAAUGUUUAGGAUAUUGCAGUGUAGGCUUUUUUAAAGACCAAAGGUAGCUGAAUGGUUUUUUUUAAAUGAGGACAUUAGCAUCCUGAGGUUCUAGUUAUAUAAAUGUAUUUGUUUACCAGUAGGUUUGUGAAAUUGGUUCUUUGUAUGGGGGACAGUCCUUUUUCACACAUCUAGGUAUUUUCAGAAGUGGUGGAAAUUGGCAGCUGGGGUACUUAAUGGUGUAGGUUGAUAUUCAUCACACCCCAGAUAAAAUGCAGAAUAUUAUAUAGUUGCACUUUAUAAAUGGUGGUUAAAUGGAACUGUUCAAGCCAUUUUAUAGUUGUGAUGCACAGUAUAACUUAAGUGCUUCUAUCAAAGUAUUCCUUCAGUAAAAUGUGUAUAGUUUGCCCAUGAUGAGCAAAAAAGUGAGUAUUUAUCUUGGGCUUAUUUGAAUGAUUAGGAUGAGAUUUGCUGCUCAUAUCUUAUCAGUUCAGGUGAGUCACAUGCAGGGAGUGUGAACAUCAGAGGUGGUUUAUUAUCCAGUCUGCCUUACCCUUAAUCUGUUCACAGAUAUUUAUUUACUAAUGCUUUUUUUUCUUAAGAGUUAUGGGAUAGGAAGAUGAAGUGUUUGCUCUUCAUUUAAUAAAUGAUUGUAAACUCAAGUUUUUCAUCAAAAUAAAAUUCCAUUGUUUU